GUUUCUCAUUAUGUGUUCUUUUCGUCUGUUACCUUGGGAUUACCUCCAAUAUUGUGAUCAACUCCCCAAUGUGGAUCUCCAGUCUCCGCUAUCCUACAAUACCCUUCCAUAUCAUGUGUUUGCAGACAGAAAAAAUAAAUCAUCAAGGAAUUCAGACAACUGAGUACUUGUAACUUGGACCAGUUUGAGUUUUGAUUUAUCAGAUCAACUGGCAACAGAAAAUGAAAAGUAGUGUGGCACAGAUCAGACACUCUUCUGGUCAUGACAGAAGAGAAAACUAUAAUUCUUACCAGAGGACCUCCUCUCCUGAAGACAGAUAUGCAGAACGAGAAAGGUCCCCUCAGGAUAGAGACUACUUUGAUUACAGCAGGUCUGACUAUGAACAUUCGAGAAGAGGACAUUCUUAUGAUGGGAGUAUGGAAUCACGAAGCAGGGACCGAGAAAAACGCAGAGAAAGAGAGAGAGAGAUGGAUAGGAAAAGAUCCCGGGAAUCCGCAUCUCCAGGGAGAAGAAGCCCAGAAUCGUCAGUAAACCAGAGCUCAGCUCAAGAUGAGUCUGUCACAAAGAAGAAGAAAGAUGAGCUGGAUCCUCUCCUCACUCGCACGGGUGGAGCAUACAUUCCUCCUGCAAAGCUCAGGAUGAUGCAGGAGCAGAUUACAGAUAAAAACAGCUUAGCAUACCAGAGGAUGAGCUGGGAGGCCCUAAAGAAGUCAAUCAAUGGUCUUAUCAACAAAGUCAACAUUUCCAAUAUAAGUAUUAUUAUCCAAGAGCUUCUUCAAGAAAAUAUAGUCAGAGGAAGAGGACUGCUGUCCAGAUCUGUUUUACAAGCACAGAGUGCGUCUCCAAUCUUCACGCAUGUUUAUGCAGCAUUGGUGGCAAUUAUCAACUCAAAAUUUCCACAAAUUGGAGAAUUAAUCCUCAAGAGGUUAAUUCUUAAUUUUCGAAAAGGCUAUCGAAGAAAUGAUAAGCAACUUUGUCUGACUGCUUCAAAAUUUGUGGCACAUCUUAUUAACCAAAAUGUGGCACAUGAAGUUUUAUGCUUAGAGAUGCUCACUUUGCUCCUGGAAAGACCAACAGAUGACAGUGUUGAAGUGGCUAUUGGUUUUCUCAAGGAAUGUGGCCUCAAACUAACACAGGUGUCGCCAAGAGGCAUCAAUGCUAUCUUUGAACGCCUCCGAAACAUUCUGCAUGAAUCUGAAAUUGACAAAAGAGUUCAGUAUAUGAUUGAAGUGAUGUUUGCUGUGCGGAAGGAUGGAUUCAAGGACCACCCGGUCAUCCUAGAAGGACUCGACUUAGUUGAAGAAGACGAUCAGUUCACCCAUAUGCUCCCUUUGGAGGAUGACUAUAAUCCAGAAGAUGUCCUUAAUGUUUUCAAGAUGGAUCCUAAUUUUAUGGAGAAUGAAGAAAAGUACAAAGCUAUUAAGAAGGAAAUACUUGAUGAAGGAGAUAGUGAUUCAAACACAGACCAAGAUGCAGGAAGUAGUGAAGAGGAAGAGGAAGAAGAGGAAGAAGAAGGAGAAGAAGAUGAAGGACAAAAAGUAACAAUUCAUGACAAAACAGAAAUUAACCUAGUCUCAUUUCGUCGUACCAUAUACCUCGCUAUUCAGUCAAGUUUAGACUUUGAAGAAUGUGCUCACAAAUUGCUGAAAAUGGAAUUUCCCGAAAGUCAAACAAAAGAACUCUGCAAUAUGAUACUUGAUUGCUGUGCACAACAAAGGACAUAUGAGAAAUUUUUUGGCUUAUUGGCUGGGCGAUUUUGCAUGCUGAAGAAAGAAUACAUGGAAUCUUUUGAAAGUAUAUUCAAAGAACAGUAUGAUACCAUCCAUCGCCUAGAAACAAACAAGUUGAGGAACGUUGCCAAGAUGUUUGCUCACCUCCUAUACACUGAUUCGCUUCCAUGGAGUGUUCUUGAAUGUAUAAAACUGAGUGAAGAAACUACCACAUCUUCUAGUAGAAUUUUUGUCAAAAUAUUCUUCCAGGAACUGUGUGAAUACAUGGGUCUUCCAAAACUGAAUGCAAGAUUAAAGGAUGAAACCCUACAGCCAUUCUUUGAAGGAUUAUUACCCCGAGAUAAUCCCAGAAACACUCGGUUUGCUAUCAACUUCUUUACCUCUAUAGGUCUUGGAGGUUUAACGGAUGAAUUGCGUGAGCAUCUCAAAAAUACUCCAAAAAUUAUCGUGGCACAGAAACCAGAUGUGGAGCAAAGUAAAUCUUCCCUGCGCUCUUCGUCUUCCACGUCCUCUUCGGAGUCUGAGUCCUCCGACUCUGACUCUGACAGCAGUGAGAGCAGCUCAGAUUCGUCCAGUGAAGACAGCGACUCCUCGUCCAGCAGCAGCCAUAGCUCUGCCUCAGCUAAAGGUAAGAGAAAGAAGGGACAAGGGAAGACCCGAAGUAAAGAUGGCAAUAAAUCAGUCAGGGACCAGCAAGCAAACGACAGGAGACAGGAAAAAAGAAGAGCAGAGGAAAGACACCAGGAAACAAGGUCUGAGAGAGAAAGGAGAUCAGAAAAACACAGAAGUCAAAGUUCAAGAGACCAGAAUUGGAGAGAUCCCAUAGUGAAACACACGUCAGACAGGAGCGCCCUUUCCGAAGGGAACGGUUACAGCAGGGUUGGGAGUGCCCGAGACCAGGACAUGCAUAUGGACUGGGAAGGUAAGCAUGGUGAUCCAGAAAAGAAGAGAGGAGACAGAAGACAUUUUCUUUCAGAAAAUGAGAAUUACAGAGUCCGAAAUCAGGACAGUGACAAUUCUAGAAGAUCAGAUCGAUCAAAGUCAAGAGAGAAGAAUAGAAAACAUGCAAGCUCUAAAAGUGAGGAAGAUAGGUAUCAGAAUGGAGCGGAGAGACAAUGGGAAAAACCCGGCAGAUACUCUGAACAUUCCAGAGAGUCAAAGAAAAAUCAGGACCGGAGAAGAGAAAAGUAAUUCUACAAAAUAAUGUAAACUGAACAUGCUUUAUAUUCAAUUCAAAGUAUUUUUUACAUUGAUGAACUUUAUAGAGCUCUUGUAUAAAGUACUGCUUUGUAUUUGUAAAUUUUAAAAAUGUUUUCAUUUUAACAUGUUUUAUAACUGGUACAUUCAAGGGGCUCCUUAUAAAAUUAUUAGGAGAGAAAAGUCUCAACAGGAAAGGAAUGUAAGUCUUGCUUAUAUUUUGUGAAUAAAACAGUCAAAUGUUCAUUGAA